UCUUGUCCAAGGCCAAAAUCAUGGGUGAUAGACUUCGUUUGGCUGUUGGAGUCAUAGGCAAUGCAUCAUCUUUGUUGCUCUAUGCAGCACCAAUCUUGACUUUUUCAAGGGUGAUAAGGAAGAGAAGCACCGAGGGAUUCUCAUGCAUUCCGUACAUUGUUGCCUUGUCGAACUGCCUCAUUUAUACUUUGUAUGGAUCGCCGGUUGUGAGUUAUAGUUGGGAGAACUUCCCGGUCGUCACCAUCAAUGGCUUAGGGAUCGUAUUAGAGUUAUCCUUUGUUUUCAUCUAUCUUUUGUUUGCUCCAACCAAAGCAAAGGUUAAAGCCGGUGUUAUAGCAACGGUGGUAAUCAUAUUGUGCUCCACCACUGCAAUAAUCUCGGCUUACGUUUUCCGUGACCAUCGUCGUCGGAAACUUUUCGUCGGGACGGUUGGAUUGGUGGCAUCCGUGGCCAUGUAUGCCGCUCCACUCGUGGUUGUGAAACAAGUGAUAGUGACAAAGAGCGUGGAGUUCAUGCCAUUCUAUUUAUCCUUCUUCUCCUUCUUAGCAAGUGUGCUUUGGCUGGCUUAUGGACUACUGAGCCAUGACCUCAUUCUUGCGUCCCCAAAUCUGGUUGGUCUCCCCUUAGGCGUCCUACAACUUGGACUCUACUUCAAGUACAGGGAAAGUGGAAUCAAGGAAGAACCGAGCAAAUCGGAUUUCGAACAGAGCUUCCCGGAGAGAUCGAAACAGACGGAACUCACAACGACCGAGACUAUCAACGGGUCGAGGUGAAGAGCAA